AUGAAUGCCAAACUAACUCAUACCUUGCUGACCUUCCUUCUGCUCUCACCCAGCCUCCUUCCCCCUUUCUCUGCAGGAGCCGCAUACGUGAACGCCAAAGCCUAUGAGAGAGGACUGCCAGACUCUAUGCUACCGGUAGCGGCAUACGUGAAUGCCAACGCCUAUUCAAACGCGCUGCCGGAUGUCUAUGCUGCCUGCCAGGCAGUAGCGGCAUGCGUGAAUGCCAACGCCUAUUCAAACGCGCUGCCGGAUGUCUAUGCUGCCUGCCAGGCAGUAGCGGCAUGCGUGAAUGCCAACGCCUAUUCAAACGCGCUGCCGGAUGUCUAUGCUGCCUGCCAGGCAGGAGCGGCAUACGUGAACGCCAACGCCUAUUCAAGCACGCUGCCGGGCCUCUACGCUGCCUGCCAGGCACGAGCGGCAUAUGUGAACGCCAACGCCUAUUCAAGCGCGCUGCUGGACCUCUAUGCUGCCAGGGCCAUGGCUCCGCAGCUCUUCAAGCCGCACCUCUUCCUCGGUUUGGCGCUGACAGCAACAGGGGCACCGUUUGAAGCAGUGAAGAGCUAUGAGACAGCAAUGGCCAUGAAUCCAGAUGUAAAGGAGGGGUGGACGAACUGGGGGCAGACAAUGAAGGAGAUCGCCAUGUUCAACGAGUCAGAGAGAUGCUAUAAACGUGCCCUUGAUGUGGAUAAGGGCUUCCUGCUGGCGUACAAGCUGUGGGCGAAGCUGAGGCACACCGUGGGCGACCACAGGGGGGUGAUCCGCCUGCUGCAGGAGGGGCUGAAACACCACCCAAACAACGUGGAGUUGCGAUACUUUGAGGCCUCCUGCUUCCAUGCCACGGGGGAUUUUUCCCAGGCUGUGAGGCUCUACGACAGCAUUCUCUCGCUGCAAACGUCUGGAGAUGAGCGGUUCCAGUACCUCGCUUUCUACCAGCGUGAGAUAGCGGCAUACAUGGCAGUCAACGUGAACGCGCCCUUCUCUCACUUCAGCCUUGAUGACCAUUUCAACCGCGUCUUCAAGGCAAGAUCCGAGUCUUCCCACCUGCCGUAUGUGCACGGCACACGAUGUAUGCAUGCACCUCUCCCUCACUCGCGCAUCCCUCACUUGCCCUUCUCUCACUUCAGCCUGGACGACCACUUCAAUCGCGUCUUCAAGGCAAGAUUUGUGUCUUCCCACCUGCCAAUCAUCAUGUGCACAGCACACUAUGCAUGCACCUCUCACUCACUCGCGCCUCCCUCACUCUCCCGUCUUCAAGGCAAGCUUGCGUUUUCUUGUCAAGUGAAAUUCAUGACAUUCAAGCCGGGUUUCUGUGCUCUCCAUGCUUCCCUCACUACCCACUCACUGCACAUAUCCCAUCUCCCACCCACCACAGGAGGGCUGGGCCAACGCACAGAGGGCUGGGCGAAUGCACAGUUUCCAGGGCACCUACCCUCCAGAGGGUAUCAGAUGCAGGACAUUCAGGCAGUGUUCCGCGUGCGGCGGCAGCAGCACCGGCGCAAGGGGGAGAAGCGCUUCGAGGCGAACCGAGCGGCGCUGCUAAAGCAGGCUGAUGAGAUUGGGCGGCUGGUUCAGUACAACACCACGGGGUUCCUUGGUAACAUGCGGCAGGUAAGCAAGUCAGAGAAAGAGGUGCCGCUGCUGUCGGAGAUUCAUCCUCUGUUGCUUCCCGUGGCUUGCCUUCUCCUUCCCGGACUCACCCUCGCUCCCUUCUUCUUCUGA